CACAGUACAGCCAAAGCCCUUUGCUGACCGCUUCUUGCGUCGCGUGGUCAGUAGCGGCAGCUGAACGGAGUGUCGUGUGCUGGUGGAGUGUUUGAGGCGCGCGGCAGAGCUACGUCACAGACGUGGCCACGCUCCAGUGUUGCCAGUCCGCCUCUCCAUCCGACCCCAGCGUUCAUCACAACAGCCGCCAGACUGCCGUUAUUAAACUGUCACUUAAGACAUUUUCAAUUGAAAAGAAACGGAGACGAGGAUUACUUGAGUGUGCGGUUGGGUCCAACCGGAGCGAUGUCUGUCGCGGGGCUGAAAAAACAGUUUCAUAAAGCUACACAGAAAGUCAGUGAGAAGGUGGGAGGAGCAGAAGGAACCAAACUCGAUGAUGACUUCAAGGAAAUGGAGAAGAAGGUGGACAUUACCAGCAGGGCAGUGUUGGACAUCAUGACCAAAACCACAGAAUACCUGCAGCCUAACCCGGCUUCCAGGGCCAGGCUCAGCAUGAUCAGCACCAUGUCUAAGAUGCGGGGGCAGGAGAAGGGCACGGGGUACCCCCAGGCUGAGAGCCUGCUGGGAGAGGCCAUGCAGCGCUACGGACGAGAGCUGGGGGACGAGGCCUGCUUCGGCCUGGCCCUGCUGGACGUGGGUGAGUCCAUGAGGGAGCUGGGGGAGGUGAAGGACGCUCUGGACAUGGAGGUAAAGCAGAACUUCAUCGACCCGCUCCAGAACCUCCACGACAAGGACCUGAAGGAGAUCCAGCACCACCUGAAGAAGAUGGAGGGUCGUCGUCUGGACUUUGACUACAAGAGGAAGCGUCAGGGCAAGGUGCUGGACGAGGAGAUCAAGCAGGCACUGGAGAAGUUUGACGAGUCCAAAGAGAUCGCUGAGCUGGGCAUGUUCAACCUGCUGGAGAGCGACAUUGAGCAGGUGAGCCAGUUAGCAGCUCUGGUCCAGGCUCAGGUGGAGUACCACAGGCAGGCUGCUCAGAUCCUGCAGCAGCUCUCCAGCAAGAUGGACGACAGGAUCAAGGAGGCGUCCAGCAGACCCAGGAAGGAGUUCACUCCUAAACCCCGCAUGGUGCUGGAGCUGCUGCCCCCGACGGACAGCCUUAACGGGGGGCUGCACUCCGCCAAGUCCCCCGGACGCUCCCCAGCCCCCCUAGACCAGCCCUGCUGUAGAGCCCUCUAUGACUUUGAGCCGGAGAACGAGGGAGAGUUGGGCUUCAAGGAGGGUGACAUCAUCACCCUGACCAAUCAGAUCGACGACAACUGGUACGAGGGCAUGCUGCACGGCCAAUCAGGUUUCUUCCCCAUGAACUACGUGGACAUCCUGGUUCCACUUCCUCAUUAGGCCCUGCCUCCUCUGCCAUGGGGGCCACGCCCCCUACCUGGUCUAGCCACACCCACUUCUCUGUGUUAAAACGCUUUUCACAAACGAAAGACUGCAGGAAGAGAUAGGGAGAGAGAGAGAGAGAGAGAGAGAGAGAGAGAGAGAGAGAGAGAGAGAGAGAGAGAGAGAGAGAGAGAAAUUAAAAGACAGAGAGAGAGGGAAAGGAGGAUUCGGAGAGGGCAGGAUGAUGUAUCGUAGCCCCGUGGUUGUGGGUCAGUGUAACCGACUGCUGCUCUCAUACCAUGACCCGAUAGGAUGUGGACACCGUGCUGACUGUGUGUGUGUGUGUGUGUGUGUGUGUGUGUGUGUGUGUGUGUGUGUGUGUGUGUGUGUGUGUGUGUGUGUGUGUGUGAAAGAGAGUGCCUACAUGCGUGUAUCUUCAGACAGGGUCCAUGAUCAGUGUAAAGUACAUUGUUGUCUUCUAACCAGCAGAUCACUUUCCUGUCUAUCUACCUGUCUGUCUGCCUGCCAGCCUGUCUGCCAGUCUAUCUGUCUUGUGUAUAUCUGCCAACCUGCCUGUCUUUUUAUCAUCUACCAGCCUGUUUGUUUACCUGUCUUUCUGCCAGCCAGCCUGUCUGUCUACCAGGGCACUAGUAUGAAAAGGUUCUGUGAUCUGUUUGCCAUGGAUCACAUGACAUCAGUCCAAGCCGAUGUUCUGUCUCUGAGGUUAAACCAGGAAGUGCUGUCAUGGUCCUGCAUGCUGGAUCCAGCCAAUGGCGGUUGUUGUUGUAGUAGAGGAAAGAGGAAGUGUACUAUAAAGGGAAGAUGUAUUAACAUGUACUUAGGCCUGACCCUGAGAGAUAACCCACCCGUGUCAUACCCUGUACCCCCAGAGAAUCCACCCUUGUCUCACUCUGUUGUACCCCCCAGAGAAUCCACCCUUAUCUUACCAAGCUGUGCCCACCUGGGGAUUUAAACCCCUGUCCAUUCCAUAGGCAUUGUAGCCAUAGAGAAGGUGGUUGGAGGACCCUAUCUGAGACCAGCAGCCUUUAGCUCAGUGGUCUGUGACCCCGGGUUCGAUUCCUGACCCACGGCUUGUGGUACGGGAGCACAGCUCUGCUCUGUGAAUGUUGGAAACAGGAGUUUAUAUUUAUGAUCAUGUGGUCAUGUGACCUAGUUUAUAAUAUUGAUCGUGUGGUCAUGUGACCUAGUUUAUAAUAUUGAUCGUGUGGUCAUGUGACUUACCUUCUACUGUCAAACACUGAUACACCUGUGUGGCGCAACAACUUUAUCAGCAACUUUUAAGGUAUUUGAUAUAUAUAUAUAUAUACAGUAUAUAUAUAUAUGAAUAUAAGUAUAUAUUUACAGAUGUUACAUUCGGCUAAUGUAACACUGUGCAUGUGUGUGUGUGUGCAUCUACUAGAUCACUAGUUAUCAGAAACACAAAUCUUAAGGCACUAGAUUUGAGAUGAGAUGUUUUCAGAAACACAAAUCUUAAAGAUCCCAUGACAUGCUGUUUUUGGAUGCUUUUAUAUAGGCCUUAGUGGUCCCCUAAUACUGUAUCUGAAGUCUCUUUCCCAAAAUUCAGACUUGGUGCAGUAUUACAGCCACUCCGAGCAGUCCCACAAGGAGCUUUCCUCAGGACGUGCUGUUUCUGUGUCUGUAGCUUUAAAUGCUAUGAGGAAGAAUGAGGCGAGGCUAACUGCCAUGCUUUGGUCGUUUGCAAACCAUGAUGUCUCAAGGAAAAACAAUAUCACGCUCGCACGGUCGUAGCUCAUUUUCUCAUUGUUGGGCCAAAUUCUCUGUGUGGGCAAAGCAGAGAAAGGGGAGGUAACCUUCCCUCUUAUGACGACAUAAGGAGAAGAUUUUCAAAACCGAGCGUUUGAGCUUUCAUUUUCUCAAAGCUGAGAAGACUACCCAGGGCUUGGUUUACACCUAUUGAAAUUUCUAGCCACUGGGGGACCAAAGGCAGGCUACUAGGGGAACUCAUACCAAUGUUAAAUAACCUCCUAAAGUGACAUUUUCAUGUCAUGGGACCUUUAAGACACUAGGUUUGAGAUGAGAGGUUAUCAGAAACACAAGCUCAGGAUGGUUACCAGACAUCUGAAGCACCAGUAUCAGUAAUAAUUAAUAAUCGAUGACAAAUCAAUACGUUGGCAAUAAAACAACAACAGUAAUAACGUUUCCUGGGGGUCAAUAAGUACAAGGGGACGUGUACCCGAAAUUUCAAGGGUUUUGCUGCCAUGGCGACGUCACCCUGAUGUGAAUUUAGUUGCCGUGGCGACCUCUGACCUCAGUGAUUGGUUGUACAGAUGCUGUUGAUUCCCUGUGUUCCCGCCUGGCCCCGCCCACUUACUGACUCCUCCCACUUGUGUGCUCUAAUGUGAACCUCUCCCACUGUUGUUACAUGUGUAUUUAUUUAUUUAUCUAUUUAUGUAACUGAGUAAUGAUGGUGGCAUAGUGAAGUAUCGUGCUACACGCAAGAUGGAGGGAUGGAUGUUUACCAAUAUUAAACAUGCUGUAUUCUUGUUUCCUGUUUUUGGAAAUACUAAAAGAUGACAUGUCUUACUGCUUGAUGUGAGAAUACGACUAUGUGACUUAUUCAAAUAAACACUAAAUGUUUGAUGGCACAACAGCCGCGUGCGCUGUCACUGAUACCAACUCCAACUUUUUAAAUCGCUUCAGAUUAAAAUGUCUACCAAAUAACUAAAUCAAUGUGUUUUUUAAGUGAUUUAUAUCGUAGGCCGGAUGUUACUCGUUGAAUAGUGCGACCGCUAGAGGGAGCGCAGUUGUCCGUUUUUGGUUCAACCUCCUUUCCCUCCGUUUUACAAAACACGGUCGCUGACCCAGAUUCCAGCCCCUUCUGCUACACACACACGGUCACAGCCUCUCUCCGCUGCGCCAACGCAACAGCAACGCUGAACCACAAGAAGACGAAAGUUCAACACGAUACGAGAGAAGAGACGAAAA